AUGGACGCACAAAACCAGAUGGGAAUUAGAAGGAAGAAACCUAGAAUUUCGAAAUCUCGUCGCGCUGGAUUGGUUUUACCAGUAACAAAAGUACACAGAAAUUUGCGCAAAGGACGUUACGCCAACAUCAUAACCCAUUGCAGUUCCGUUUAUUUGACAUCAGUUUUAGAAUAUUUGUGUGCAGAAGUCAUAGAACUUUCUGGAUAUGAAGCUAAUAAAGCUAAAAGAAAACGACUUUUACCACGUCAUGUACUUUUAGCUAUCAAAAGUGAUCAAGAAUUAAAAAAGCUAUGCAAAAAUGUAAUCUUCGCCGAAGGCGGUGUCUUCCCAAAAGACUAUAAAAAACCGUCAGAAAUUGCGAAUAAAAAUGAGGCUGGAAUUACAGAAACCCAAUCCCGAAUAAAUAUUCCUACUAAUUCUCAAAAUGUAGGUAAAUCCAAAAAGGUGGUUUCAAACAAACCAAAAAUUGUCCAUUUAACCGGAGAACUGAAUGUUGGCUCAUCAACUUCAAGAAUGGGAAUUCAAGAAACAAAUAUUCAAGAAUUGAAUCAGGGGCCAAUUAUUGAAGAUCAAGAUGUGUACGAAGAUGCACAGGAAUUUUUGGAAAAUCGUUAUAAUUAUCUUUUUGGAUAUGACGUUCAAGCAACUUUGGCUCGUAAUGAACAAGAACUUGCAGAAGUCGAUCAUUCAGUAGCCAAUAAUUCGACUAAUGCUGGAGAUACUGACUCUAUAGUUACUGAUCAAAGUAAAAAUUUGUAA